GAUUUCCAUCUGUCCCACACAGCGCACGUGAAACUGCCCUGGUGGAGAUAAAAUGAGCCCAGGGCUUUGGCUCCUCAGCCCCCAGGACUGGGAAGGGACGGAGAACUCUCAAAAGGCUCCUCCCGCCACCUGCUCCAGCUCCACUUUACGCCGCUGUCACACUGAGGGGGUGCAGGAUGCCGCGGUUUCUCUUUUCUUAAGCCUCCUUGUGCUCCUUCUGCCGGCCUAUGGCUGUGGCUCCUCUGCCGGAGCCCAGCCCAGGAGGCGUUCCUGUCUGUGGGCGGUGCGGGAGGUGCCGGAACCGCAUGUGGUUGGGCCCUGGCAGUACUGCCAAGAGCCCCGUGUUCCAGAAAGUUCUUUUCCGUUCUAACAGUCUUCCCUUGUUGCACCGGGUCUGGCAGAACAGGCCUCGGGGGCAGGAGUGUCCUAGGACUGGAGAGGAUACUCCCGGAGAUGGGAAAGGCAGAAGGAAAGGAAGCCCUCUGGGCUAAGACCUCAGCGCUCCUCAGCCUGAUGCUUCAGGCUCCACCACCCGACCGCCUGAUUUCAGUCUCCCAGGACUUGAACAUCAGGUACGGUAAGGAGAGGCUCUCAAAGAGCUUGAUGGGCCUGGCCCCGCACAGACUGACUCCACAGAUGCACUCCGUAAUAGGCUCUCUUCCCAGAGUAGCAGCAGCCUUCCUACCACCCAGUUCCAAGCAGAACUGCCAGAGCCUUCUGUGGAGAGAACCCCAGCCCAGACUUCAAGAUGCUGACAUUUGGAUGUCUUUCCGGAAACAACAACCCCCCAGAGCAAUGGUUCUCCACCGGAGGGUGAGGGGGGGUUCCCCCCAUUCUGGAGAGAGUCUUGUCGCCGCUGGGCUGGCAUGUAGUGGGGAGAGGCCAGGGAUGCUGCUAACACCCUCCAGCGCACGUGACACCCCCACAUGGAUGCACCUGCUCUACACUGUCAAUCACGCCACACUGGAGAAACUCGGCCUCAGGUGUCUGCGCACUGGCUCUCUGCCAAGGGCCCUUCUCUACCUCUUCUGGAUUAGUAGUCGGGCUGUUUCAUGGUACUCAACCUUCUCGAAUGCUAAAGAGUAGGUGAUACAUAUUGUGGAGUUUUUAUUCUCUCUAGCUGCCUAGGCCCUGACCCCUUCCUGUAAGUAGGAGACCACUGGUAUCCAAGGUGUCCAGUAAUGUCAUGGAAGCAAAAUGAGCCAGACAGGUGCUUUUCCAGGUGCCCUUCCAGCCAACGUACAGGUUGUCAGAUGCACUGGUGCCCCAUAGUGGGGACAGGGACUGUGUCCCUGUGGGGGUGGUGGGCCUCGCACAAACAAGCCACAAAGGUUCUAUGUGGCAGGAUUUGGUGGCGACAGCAGGAGGUUCCUCACAGGUCAUUCUGAAGCCAGGUCUGGGCACUGUUAGCUGCCUGGCACCAAGUCCUGUCUGCCUGACAAUUCUGUGGGCUUUUAGAUACUUUUGAUCAGUUCCCUUUUACUUUUAACAUCGUGUCCAAUCCUGUGGCUUGCCACCAAGAAUCCCGGCUGAUAUCCGUGGAUUCGUCAUAGUGAGGGAAACACCAGAGGCCAGUGAGAUGUUCAACACUGAUUUAACUCUGCUUUUCUACAGAAAAGUUAAAUGUGAAACUUUCCGCAUAAAAGAAUCCGAGUGUCCUACCCCAAACCCCAAAUACAGGAAGUUAUCAUCAUGAUUAUGUUGCGACUGGGGAAAAGGAAAGGCUGACAUUGUAGACUUCAUUACCAGUCUGUGUAUGAGGGAUAGGAUAUGGACUCACGGUAUAAAAUUGUGGAAUUGGAUUUAAGAAGAAGGCCUUACCACACACACACUUAUUUUGCCUUGCUUUUGGUUCUUUAGGAGUAAAGUGGCUUGGUGUGGAGUAAUAAGUGACAAGUGUUUUGACACUC